UCCUGCAUACGUUUCAUCGAUGUAACGUUAUUGUUGCGACGUGCUUGUCACCGCGGCUCGAUGACACUGCCAAUAUUAUUGCAAGAGAGGGACGCUUUUUAUUUCGUUCGCAGCGACAGCUCGAUAAUGCGACUCCGGGUCCACGAAGGCGCGAAACUGUCGAGUCGCGCGGAAUUAGAGGCCCAUAAAUACGAAUCAGCAGCCGCUCGAAUGCUGCUCCACGGUCAUGUAUACACGUCCGAUCGAGCGGAACUUCGGAUUGUGUCUCAGACUCCGCGUGAACUGUCUCUCUACAGCGGGAGCAAUUCGGUGGACAGCGAAGACAGGCGAAUGAUCGAUGGGAUUGCCUCUUUCCUCCCGGCAGUCAGAUUGUGCACGUUUCAGAAGAACGGUUCGUUCGUCGAUUGCUCCAUGACGGAGACGACUCGUCGAAGAAGCAGUGGAACGAAUCGACGAUAA